AUGGCAGAGGAGCAAGAACCACACCUAAAACACGGAAUGAAUUGGAAUAUUCUUAGAUUCCUGCCAACUUACUUUCUACAUUUGGCAUUAGCUUGGCCGCUCCCACAAGAGAAACUGACGAGAGUGCUGUCUCCAACCUUACAGAAACUAGAGAACUGUCUCGAGAUUGAUCUUGCUCAAGUCGAAGAGUUGAAGAAACAGUUUCAAAAUGACUUUGCGUUCAACGAAAGAGUUGUUUCUUCUGAUCCAUAUUUCGGACUCUUGGAAGAAGACUGGCGCCGUUUAAACCUUCUUCAGAGUAGACUUCCAGAGGGCUCUUUAUUGAAAAAGAAAUUAACACACGCGUUCCGUUUACUGAUAGCCGCAUUGUACCAAGCUCAUGAGGCUCUUGUUUCCACGGAAAUUGGGGACCAAGAAAUGUUUCACACAAACGAUAUGUCAGAAACAGACGCUAGAAACCGCAGCAACAUAAAUAACGAAGAUGCAGAACCACAAUCGACAGUUUUGUUUGAUCAUACCAGUGAUAAUAAGCUAAACUAUAUGACAACUACUGAAUCUUCUUUGAACUCAUUAGAAGAAUCAGAAAUAGAUAAUGAACCCGCAGAAUCUGACCCUAAGCAAUAUGUUGUAAAUUUCGCUAACUAUUCCGAGCCUACUGGUAACAGCAAUGAAGAGAAAACAAUUGGAAUUACUGACACGUCUGAAGCUCCAAUUAGUAUAGAAUUAGUAAAUGAAAAUCGUGUUAGCAAACCUACUCAAACAUAUCAAAGAAAUAAGAUAAAUUCUAUUGUAGAAUUGACGUCUACAAGAAGCCACAGUACUCAAACAUUAAAACCACAAGAUACCAUGUUAGAUCUAAGAAAUACAUCAUUAAAGCCACCAAUUAUAAUUCCACCUCAGGUGGUAACACUUAAUAAAGAUAAAUUAAAUAUUACUAAAGGAUCCGCAGAUACCUUAAAUAAUGAAGAUGAAACUGAUGUAAGCCUAGCUAAUACUGUAAUGACAGUAGCAACAACUAGAGAAGGUAAAUCGUUAUCUUCAUUUACUUCAUUUUCACAAAGCGAUAUAAAUUUUGAAGAUAAGCCAUCCUCAGCAAUGGAAGACAUAACAAGUGCAAAUAACUCUAUUUUAUAUACUACACCAUCUAUUACUAUUAAAAUGUCCAGUUGGGCAAAGAAUAGCAGUGUAAACCUGUAUACAACGCCUAGUACAACUGCAGCUUCAAAUUUACAUCUAAGCCCUCAUAAUACAAGUAACAGUGUUUUUAUAUCACCUUCACAAGUGCCUAUAACAACGCCUAGUUUUGACACCAUCAUAACAGAUAGUUGGGAAAAUAUAUCAGCUCACAAUGUGUCUACAACAUCUUCUAUCUUACAUACAGUACCUGAAAAUUUAACUAUUAGUUCAACAGGAAACUAUGGCAAUGUUUCAUCCCAAAUUGAACCAGUUGGAAUAUUUGAUAAUGAUUCAAAAAAGUAUUGGUUAUUCACAACAACUAGUUUUGAGAUAAAUACUGCUAUAAAGAAUGAUAGUGAAGAAUCCGAUAGUCGAAGUAAUGAAUCCGAUGAAAAUUCAACUACUUCUCAAGAUAUAAAUUCUUCACAAGAAACAGUUUUUUCUGUUCCUUUUAAAACUUUAGAAAGCGAAAAAUUAUCAACAAUUGUCUCUGAACUCGUUACCGAUCCUACUCAACAGAUUACUAGAGAGGAAUUUGAAGGUUUUCAAAAAGAAGAGUCGUCUACCGAACAAACUACAUCCAAAAAUAUUUUGGAGGAGGAACUUGGAGAAUCCACUUCAACCGUAACUACCACCGCAUCUAUUAUAGCAUCGAUAUCACGCCUUGAAACAGAUAAUAAUACUGAAAUACCAUUUUCCAAGUCUAGUAGUGAGAAAUCUGAAAUGGAUAAGCAUUUAGUAAAUUUAUUCUCAUCUACAACAAAACGAGAUUAUGAUGAUGAAAAUACAACUCCUUCUCAAGAUAUAAAUUCUUCACAAGAAACAGUUUUUUCUGUUCCUUCUAAAACUUUAGUAAGCGAAAAAUUAUCUACAAUUAUCGCUGAACUCGUUACCGAUCCUACUCAACAGAUUACUAGAGAGGAAUUUGAAGGUUUUCAAAAAGAAGAGUCGUCUACUGAACAAACUACAUCCAAAAAUAUUUUGGAGGAGGAACUUGGAGAAUCCAUUUCAACUAUCCUACUCAACAGACUACCAGAGAGGAGUUUGAAAGUUUUGAAAAAGAAGAUUCCUCUAUCGUACAAACCACAUCAACAAAUGUUUUUGAGGAGGAACUUGGAGAAUCCACUUCAACUGCAACUACCACAGCAUCUGUUAUGA